UCAUCAAUCACUCCCUCUGUUACCAACCAUCACCAUCUCCCCUUCUCCGUCCAUCUAUCAAUCUGUUCAUCAUCCAUCUCUAUCUGUGUUCGCCCUUUGCGAUCCCGUUUCCCACCUCCUGAUCUAAUUCACAAUGGGAAAUCAGCAAUCGCAGAUGGGCGGAGGUCCUCCAGGACAGGGAGGCAAAGACGACAAAGAUAAAAAGAAGGAUAAGCCCAAGUACGAACCACCCCCUCAACCCACGACAAGAAUCGGCCGCAAGAAGCGCAAGCAAGCUGGUCCAAAUGCCGCUGCAAAGCUACCCACCAUCUACCCUACGGCUCGUUGCAAGCUGCGAUACCUGAGAAUGCAACGUGUCCAUGACCAUCUUCUUCUCGAAGAAGAGUAUGUUGAGAACCAAGAACGCCUUCGAAAGUCAAAAGCCGCUCAGAACCAACCCGCAGCCGCAGCUGCGGAAGGCGAGGCCCUCGAUCGAAACGCCGAUGAACGAAGCAGAGUAGAUGACAUGCGCGGAAGUCCCAUGGGGGUUGGCAACCUGGAGGAGCUGAUCGAUGACGACCACGCCAUUGUCUCCAGCGCUACUGGCCCUGAAUACUACGUCUCCAUCAUGUCCUUUGUCGACAAAGACCUUCUUGAGCCCGGUGCCUCAAUCUUGCUCCAUCACAAAUCUGUGUCCGUUGUGGGUGUUCUGACCGAUGACGCCGACCCGCUGGUCUCGGUGAUGAAGUUGGACAAAGCCCCAACAGAGUCCUAUGCCGACAUUGGUGGUCUCGAACAGCAAAUCCAGGAAGUCCGAGAAGCCGUUGAACUACCGUUGCUGCAUCCUGAGCUGUACGAAGAGAUGGGUAUCAAGCCUCCAAAAGGCGUGAUUCUAUAUGGCGCCCCUGGUACCGGUAAAACUCUGCUCGCCAAAGCCGUCGCCAAUCAGACUUCUGCUACCUUCUUGCGUAUUGUUGGGUCUGAGCUUAUUCAGAAGUAUCUUGGAGAUGGCCCUCGGUUAGUCCGUCAGCUGUUCCAAGUCGCCGCGGAGAAUGCACCCGCCAUUGUCUUUAUUGAUGAGAUUGAUGCCAUCGGAACCAAACGUUAUGAAUCAACUUCUGGUGGCGAGCGAGAGAUUCAACGCACGAUGCUGGAACUACUCAAUCAGCUUGACGGCUUUGACGAUAGAGGCGACGUCAAGGUCAUCAUGGCAACCAACAAGAUUGACACUCUCGACCCUGCUCUCAUCCGACCAGGACGGAUCGAUCGUAAGAUUUUGUUCGAAAACCCCGACACCAACACCAAGAAGAAGAUUUUUACUCUACAUACCAGCAAGAUGAGUCUAGCAGAAGAUGUGGACUUGGACGAGUUCAUCGCGCAAAAGGACGACCUCUCUGGGGCCGACAUCAAGGCCAUCUGCUCAGAGGCCGGACUGCGGGCCCUGCGUGAACGGAGAAUGCGAGUCAACAUGGCGGAUUUCAGAAGUGCGAAGGAGAGCGUGAUGAAGACUAAGAACGAGGGAGAGCCGGAGGGAUUGUAUUUGUAGGUUGUUGAAUCUCGCCGAGUGGGACUCUGCCUCGACGAGGCUAGGAGAUGAUAGACGAGAUGUGACGGCUUUGGAAUUUUGCCGCCAGGUCUGUACAGUAAUUGGUCACCGGUGCUUAGAUUUCAAAACCAAACCGCACAGAUGGAUCAGAUCCUGAGCCUUCCAUCAACAUGAAAACUAGCAGUGCACAAGUGCUUUGAGAAAGAUGUCUUUAGGAAGGGUAUCGCUAUCCGAGAC